AUGGGGAAUCUUAUGAAUCUCACCCUAUUGGACCUAAGUAACAAUUCGUUGAAUGGUUCAAUACCUCCAACAAUGGGGAAUCUUAUGAAUCUCGGCCUAUUGGACCUAAGUAACAACAAGCUUAGUGGUUCAAUACCUCCAACAAUGGGGAAUCUUACCAAUCUCGAGCAAUUGGACCUAAGUAACAAUUCGUUGAAUGGUUCAAUCCCUAUCUUAAUUGGAGAUUUAGAAUGGCUGACACUACUUAAUCUCAAUCACAACAAGCUACAUGGUCCAAUACCUGCACAGAUGGGGAAACACAAUUUUACAUACAUGGAUUUGGAUUUCUCCUACAAUGAUUUUGAAGCUCCAUUGGAUACAUGGAGGAAAAGCAGAGAGAAAAGGCUUAGAGUCAAGAUUUCCAUCAUUAUAUCUCUUUCUAGUAUCAUACUUGUUGCACUUGUAGUUGUUGCUGUCCGGUUCCUCUUCAGGCAUAACUCAAUAGAUUCCACCAUUAAUGAUACAAGAGCACAAAAAAAUGGAGAUAUAUUUUCCAUAUGGAACUACGACGGGACAAUUGCAUAUAUGGACAUCAUUGAAGCGACAGGAGAUUUUGACAUCAAAUAUUGCAUUGGGACUGGGGGUUAUGGGAGCGUUUACAUAGCAAACCUACCUAAAGGGAAAGUAGUAGCUGUGAAAAAGCUUCAUCGCCUAGAAGCUGAAGAGAAAGCUUACGAUGAGAGCUUCACUAAUGAGAUAAAUGUAUUAACAAGAAUACGACAUCGGAACAUUGUGAGGCUUUAUGGUUUUUGCUACCAUCCAAGAUGCAAAUUUUUAGUUUACGAAUACUUAGAAAGGGGAAGCUUAGCUUAUGUUCUUGGAAUUGAAGCAGAAGCUGUGGAAUUGGAUUGGUGGAAACGUUUAAAUAUCAUCAGAGGAGUCGCUCAUGCUUUGUCUUACUUGCAUCAUGACUGCACGUCGCCACUAAUUCAUCGGGACAUAUCAAGCAAUAAUGUUUUGCUAGAUGCAGAUCUCGAGCCUCAUGUCGGCGACUUUGGAACUGCUAAAUUUCUAAAUCCUGAUUCAUCCAACCGCACUAUACGUGUAGGCACAUUUGGAUAUAUUGCUCCAGAGCUUGCUUAUACAAUGGUUGUGACAGAAAAAUGCGAUGUUUUUAGCUUUGGGGUCUUGACACUAGAGAUUAUUAUGGGAAGACAUCCAGGUGAACUCAUCUCUUCACUAUCCUUCUCAAAUGGAAAUGGUAUAAUACUAAAGGAUUUGUUGGACCCACGUCUCCAACCACCAACACAAUCGGCAGCACAAUAUUUGACUUUCACAAUGAUGCUUGCAAUUGCAUGCUUGCACACCAAUCCAAAAUCUCGUCCAACUAUGCAAUACAUUUCUCAGGAACUAGAAAAUAUUACCAACCCUCAUAACAUCGCUUUUGCACAAUUUCAUUGUGGCAAUUAGGAAA